AUGGAACUUUCUGGCCUUGUUAUCGGUGUAGCUGGGAUCGUCCUAGCCUUCAAAGGUGCUAUUGAUGCAGCUCUUCUCAUUGAGACAUUUCUUGACGAUGGGAAGAAGAGCUGUGGCUACCUAGCUCUGAGAUAUCUUAUCGAGAAGACACGUUUGCAGCUCUGGGGCACACUAGUUCAAGCAGACGGCACGUUCAAAGAAGAUGACUGUCUUCUCCUGGAUCGACCAGAGUAUGUCAAGAAGCUUGUAGUUGGCAUCCUGGCAGAGAUCCAAGAGCUUGUCAAAGAUGCCGAAAAGCUGGUCACGAAGUACGACAUUGCUACGCCUCAACAGCCGGCCCAGAAAAGCUUUAAUGUGGAUGAGAGUCUGCGCAAUGCUGUUGUCUCGCCCACAUCUCAAUCAUCAAACUUGCGUUUCAAGCCCCAAAAGAGGUUCAUGUGGCAGAUCAAGGGAAAAGAGGAGUUCGAGGAGACUGUUGUGAAGUUUGGAAUGCUUGUCGAUAAGCUGGAGAGCAUCACACUUGAUCCAGCCAAGUCCCAUCUUCUUACACAAGCAGUCGCUCCCAAGGCACUUGUACAGAUCAACAAUCCACAGCUGCUCCAAAUCCUCGAUGACCCACAGAACAGUGUCGACAGUAUUCUGGCCGCUUCUGCGAGGAUUAAACUCUUCCAAGCCACAUUUUCGCCUCUGUCUACCAGCGUUCCAGAUAUCAUGGACAAGGAUCGGUUCAAACUUUUCAAUGAAUCUGAUAAGUUUGGGAGUUUUCAAGACCAAGGAUCACGAUUCCCUGUCUGGGUUGAGUGGAAUGUCGUGGAAGCAAAUCAUGCUGCCAGACAAUAUGUAAAGAGGAUCACUUGGCUAGGGCAGCUUCUGAAACAGAUAAGCGAGCCAGCCCUUCGACUACCGAAAUGUCAUGGUAUGUUCGAAGAUCAUGAGUAUGAGAUCAAGUUUGGGGAGAGGAAAAUUGGAUAUCUAUUUAGUCCUCCAGCACCCAGUCCUACUCAAUCUGGCCAAAGGGCAUACGAAAGUAACCUUAAAAAGUUUCCACCAAAAUCAUUAAGGGAGCUCAUCAUUGCACGCCAGAGCAGCUCAGACAUUCCAAAUCUCGGAGACCGCUUCAAUCUUGCAUUGGUGCUGGCAGUCGCAUUCAGCCACUUUCACGCAGCUGGCUGGCUGCACAAAGGUCUUCAUAGUGGUAACAUUCUUUUCUUGCAUCACGUAGAUGAUGAUUCAGUCGCUGGACCCUCCCUGAGUAUCAGUGAGCCGUUCAUCUCUGGAUUCCAGUUCUCCCGGCCGCAGCAGGAAGCAUCUCUCUCGAAGGGUCCCCUUGAAGAUACAAAGUUGGAGCAGUACUAUCACCCCGAGGCCCACAAGGGAUUCACGAAGCAGAGGGAUUUGUAUAGCCUAGGUGUAGUCCUUGUGGAGAUUGGUCGCUGGGCCCUGGUUGAAUCCGUUUCAGAAAGCACGCGUCGCAAGCUCAAAGACCGCAAUGCAUGGCAAAAAUAUCUUCUGGCCAAGCACGUUCCAGAACUGGGCUGGCGUAUGGGAAGGAGAUAUCAAAGCGUCACCAGGACUCUACUGCAAGGGGGUCUUCCAGACGACGACGACGAUGAUGUUUUAUUUGAGCAGGAGUACUUCAACAAAGUCCUUCAGCCUCUGAGUUCGAAUACAGCUUGA